AUCUCAAGAGACGCUGCCAUGUCCCCAAAGAUAACCGUGGAGCUGCUGCGGCAACUGCGCCAGGCGAUGAGGAACAGCAAGUACCUGAAGGAGCCCAUCCAGGCAUACAUAGUGCCGUCUGGAGAUGCCCACCAGAGUGAAUACAUUGCCCCCUGUGACUGCAGACGUGAAUUCAUCAGCGGUUUCAAUGGCUCUGCAGGCACGGCCAUCAUCACAGAGCAGCACGCCGCCAUGUGGACGGACGGCCGCUACUUCCUGCAGGCCAGCCAGCAGAUGGACACCAACUGGACCCUCAUGAAGAUGGGUCUGAAGGAGACCCCAUCCCAGGAGGACUGGCUCAUCAGUAUCCUGCCGGAGAACUCCCGGGUCGGCGUCGACCCCUGGAUCAUUGCAGCUGAUCAGUGGAAGAACAUGUCCAAGGCCCUGUCCGGCGCGGGCCACGCCCUGGUGGCCGUGGCGGACAAUCUCAUCGACGCGGUGUGGGAGGACCGGCCGCAGCGCCCCAGCACGCCGCUCAUCGCCCUGGGCCUCAAGUACACCGGUUUGUCAUGGCAGGACAAAGUGACCGCUCUGAGGGCAAAGAUGGCGGAGAGGAAGAUCUCCUGGUUCGUCGUCACAGCGUUGGAUGAAAUUGCUUGGCUGUUUAACCUGCGAGGAUCAGACAUCGAGUACAACCCAGUGUUUUUCGCUUACGCCAUCGUGGGGCUGAACUCCAUCAGACUCUUUGUGGACCAGAAGCGACUGGCCAACCCGGUGAUCCGCGAGCACCUGCAGCUGGACUCCCCCGGGCGGCCGGAGCUCAGCGUCCAGGCGGCGCCGUACGAGCUGGUGCACACCGAGCUGCAGGCCACCUGCGCCGGGCUCCGCCCCAAAGAGAAAGUGUGGAUCUGUGACAAGGCCAGCUGCGCCCUCACCCAGACCAUCCCCAAGAUGCACAGGUCCCCCAUCCCCUACACACCCCUCUGCCUCGCCAAAGCUGUCAAGAACAACACCGAGGUCGAAGGGAUGAAAAUGGCCCACAUCAAGGAUGCUGUGGCCCUGUGUGAGCUCUUCGCCUGGCUGGAGAAAGAGAUUCCUAAAGGCAAUGUGACCGAGAUCUCAGCGGCUGACAAGGCGGAGGAGUUUCGAAGCCAGCAGAAAGACUUUGUGGGCCUGAGUUUCCCAACCAUCUCCAGCGUGGGACCAAACGCCGCCAUCAUACAUUACAGACCUCUGCCUGAGACCAACAGAACUUUGUCCUUAAAUGAGCUCUACCUGAUCGACUCUGGAGCCCAGUACAUGGAUGGGACGACCGAUGUAACCCGCACAAUGCACUUUGGGACGCCCACAGAUUACGAAAAGGAGUGUUUCACUUACGUCCUGAAGGGCCAGAUUGCUGUCUGUGCGGCCAUUUUCCCCAACGGUACCAAAGGUCACCUGCUGGACUCGUUUGCGCGGGCGUCGCUGUGGGAGGCGGGGCUGGACUACCUGCACGGCACGGGCCACGGCGUGGGCUGCUUCCUCAACGUCCACGAGGGGCCCUGCGGCAUCAGCUACAAGACCUUCGCCGACGAGCCGCUAGAGUCCGGCAUGAUCGUCAGUGAUGAGCCCGGCUACUACGAGGACGGCUCGUUUGGUAUCCGCCUGGAGAACCUAGUCCUGGUUGUGCCCGCCAAGCCCAAAUACAACUUCAGGAACAGAGGCAGCCUGACGUUUGAGACCAUCACGCUGGUGCCCAUUCAGACCAAGAUGAUCAACACAGAGCUGCUCACGCAGAAGGAGCGCGAUUGGGUGAACGAGUACCACAAACAGUGCCGCGCCAUCACCGGAGUGGAGCUGGAGAGGCAGGGCCGCAAGGAGGCGCUCGAUUGGCUGAUGAGGGAGUCCCAGCCAAUGUGAGCACGCGGGGGAAAACACAGCCGACACAAAAGUUGUCAUUGAGUGACUUUUAUUUGAGCCAAUCUACAGUGACUCUUUUUAUUGUCUCUCUUCUCUCUCACUCCUGUUUGUUAUUCCAUAAAGCAGACGGUUGUUUCUUUCUCUCUCUCUCUCCCUCUCUCUCUCUCUAUCUCUCUCUCUCUUUCUCUUUCUCUCUCUCUUCCUCCAGCCAGCACAUUUCAUACUGUCGCUCUAAACUCUUAUUAUA